AUGCCAGAGCACUGCAGGAUUGACAUCAUUCCUCUAAAGGUGGCAGUGAUGAGUGAACAGGCACUGGUCCAUGUGCCGUCAUCACCAUGCCAGGGCCCUGGUUACCAGACGGCCCUGCACCGAGCCGCCACGGUGGGGAACAGUGAUGCCAUGGCUGCUCUGAUUCAGGGAGGCUGUGCUGUGGACCUGCAGGACAAAGACGGCAACACGGCGCUACAUGAGGUGUCCUGGCAUGGUUUCUCUCAAUGUGUGAAACUGCUGGUCAAGUCAGGAGCUGAUGUACACAUCAGGAACAAGGCAGGAAACACAGCACUCCACCUGGCCUGUCAGAACGCACAUGCUCAGACUGCUCGCCUCCUGCUGCUCGGAGGAUCCACACCAGACACCAAGAACAACAUGGGUGACACCUGCUUGCAUGUGGCUGCUCGCUACAACAACCUGACGCUGGUAAAACUGCUGCUCGGUUCUCUGUGCUCUGUGACAGAGAGAAACCAGUCAGGGGACACAGCUCUUCAUGUGGCUGCUGCUCUGAACCAUAAGAAGACAGUUCAGCUCUUACUGGAGGCAGGGAUUGAUGGGAAAAUCAGAAACAAUGCAGGUAAAACAGCCCUUGACAAGGCCAGAGACAACAACCACAAAGAUUUAGCACAUCUCCUGGCCAGAGCUCCUCAGGUGCAUCGCUUCAUGCGAGGAAGAACAAUAAGGAAACGAAGAGAAAGACUGACAGCUGAGCGCAGGACCCGGUCUGUCACAAGAGUAGACAUUCUACCAAACAAAGACAGCAGUUCUGCGGUGGAGGAAACCCCCAGCAGUGAAAAAAUGGAGAGCAGAACUGUCACUAAGGUUGGUCCUCACCACCAUCAGCAGCAGCAGCAGCAGCAUUACAAGAAGAACCCAGCAGCCACCAUCAGCAGCCCCUACAGCCACCGAAAGAGGAGGAGAGUCAGGGAACAGGCCUUGAAUGGAAAUGAUCUUAGAAAAGGCAAGAAUGACUUUCACGUUAAGAAGAAUCUGCUGUGGCACGAUGGUGAAGAUUCUGCUGAGAAUGGAAAAAUCUAUCAGCUUUACACACUGUACCGAGACAAGGAUGGCAACAUUAGACAGGCCCCAGCUAAUGGAUGUCAUUGUAAGCCCCUGCUCAAGAAGCUGGAGGGCCAACUGAAAGCCACGCAGGAGGAAAUGAGGCUGCACAUCCUCAACAUCCAGGAGGAGGUCAACUGUAGACUGGGCAAAAUGGACCACAGGAACAGACACCAGAUGAAAGUGUUGGACAUGCUGAAUCAGGAACGAGCGGCAGCAGAGAGGAAGAACAUAAUCUACAAGAUCGAGCAGAGAGCUGUGCAGGGGAAAGAGGAAGCCCUGAUGACACAGGCAGCAGUGACUCAUGAACUGAAAAGAUGGUGUAUGUCCCAGCUGAAGGACAUGGACGUCCACAUUGCAGCCAAAAGCCAGUAUUACAAACUCCUCCCCUCACAGUCUGUGGAGCAGUCUGUAGCAGACACUGACCUCGAAUCGCUCCCCCUGCUGUCUGUGGUAUCUGGAGACAGCAGCACUUCACUGGCUACCUACGUCAACAUCCUGCCAUCUAAAUCCACAAACAGUGUAGGAGGCCAGGAGCAGGAGGGGAGCAGGACAUACUUUGAAAUGAAAGUGGACAGGUCACCAGAAGACUAUGAGAACACAGCCCUGUUUCCUCUGCAUGCCAACCAUAGCUCAGGCAUCCUGCUGGGCACUGCUGACCCUCUCUGUCAGCAUCCAGGAGUGCAGGACAGUUCCACUGCAGCAGUGGUGCCCCUGUAUGGGGAGGGCUUCUCAAGCAGCAGCAGCCAGUCCAGCAUCAGCGACCAGGGACCCAGACCAAUCCAACAUCAGCAGCAUAGCUCUGACAGACAAGAAAGGAAGCACUUUGGAGAGCUGAUGAGUGCAAGCAGGCAUACAGGAGUACACAGUGAGGGCAGCAGAACACUGGAGUUCUUCAUUGACCGUCCCACUCAGCCCACAUUCAGGCAGGAAAGGAACAAUCAACAUGCUAUGGAGGUGACUCAGCGCUUCUUUGAGACGGUGUCAACUCAGUUGGAACGCUGGUACGAGAGGAAGCUCGUGGAGGUGGAGCAGCAGACGGAGCUCAGAGCCCAGCAGGACAGGAGGGAGCUGCUGCAGCAAAUAAGCAUGCUGGAGGAGGAGCUUGAGAGGUUGAAGACCAAUGAGAAAGCAGAAGGCCUGUGCACCCUGACAGUGACUAAUGACGAAGAAAGAGUGACGGAGAAUGGAUUACCUUCUGCACUUUGAAAUUUAGCUGUGUCAGCAUGAAGGGUCCUUGCAGGGAUGUGAAG